UGGGCGGUCCGCGGCCAGCCAGACCCGCCCGGCAACCCGGAAGAGCCGCUGCGGUCAGGAUGGGCCGGAAGGUGACCGUGGCCACCUGCGCGCUCAACCAGUGGGCCCUGGACUUCGAGGGCAAUUUGCAGAGGAUUUUAAAGAGUAUCGACAUUGCCAAACGCAAAGGAGCAAGAUACAGGCUGGGACCGGAACUGGAAAUAUGUGGCUACGGGUGUUGGGAUCAUUACUACGAGUCGGACACCCUCUUGCAUUCGCUCCAAGUCCUGGCUGCCCUUCUCGAAUCCCCGGUCACUCGGGAUAUCAUCUGUGACGUGGGAAUGCCUGUCAUGCACAAAAAUGUCCGCUACAACUGCAGGGUGAUAUUUCUCAAUGGGAAGAUCCUGCUCAUCAGACCCAAAAUGGCCUUGGCCAAUGAGGGCAACUACCGGGAGCUGCGCUGGUUCACCCCGUGGUCCCGGAGCCGGCAGACAGAGGAGUAUUUUCUGCCCCGGAUGAUACAGGAUGUGACGAAGCAGGAGACCGUGCCCUUUGGAGACGCAGUGCUGGCCACCCGGGACACCUGCAUCGGGAGCGAGAUCUGUGAGGAGCUCUGGACGCCCCACAGCCCACACGUGGACAUGGGCCUGGACGGCGUGGAGAUCUUCACCAAUGCCUCGGGCAGCCACCAUGUGCUGCGCAAAGCCCACACCAGGGUUGAUCUGGUGACCAUGGCCACCGCCAAGAAUGGUGGGAUCUACUUGCUGGCCAACCAGAAGGGCUGUGACGGGGACCGGCUCUACUACGACGGCUGCGCCCUGAUCGCCAUGAACGGCUGCAUUUUCGCACAGGGGUCCCAGUUCUCCCUGGACGACGUGGAGGUCCUCGCCGCCACGUUGGACUUGGAGGACGUUCGAAGCUACAGGGCGGAGAUUUCAUCUCGAAACCUGGCGGCCAGCAAGGUGAGCCCCUACCCCCGUGUGAAGGUGGACUUCGCCCUCUCGUGCCGUGAGGACCUGCUGGAGCCACCGUCGGAGCCCAUCGAGUGGACGUACCAUAGUCCCGAGGAGGAGAUCAGCCUCGGACCCGCGUGCUGGCUCUGGGACUUUCUGAGACGCAGCCGGCAGGCCGGGUUCUUCUUGCCCCUGAGUGGUGGGGUGGACAGCGCGGCCACCGCCUGCCUCGUCUACUCCAUGUGCCGCGAGGUCUGCGAGGCCGUGAAGCAGGGAAACCAGGAAGUGCUGGCUGACGUCCGGACCAUCGUGGACGAGCUCAGCUACACGCCCCAGGACCCCCGGGACCUCUGCGGGCGCGUGCUGACCACCUGCUACAUGGCCAGCGAGAACUCGUCGCAGGAGACAUGUGGCAGAGCCAGGGAGCUGGCCCAGCAGAUCGGCAGCCACCACAUUGGUCUCAACAUCGAGCCCGCGGUGACAGCCGUCGUGGGCAUCUUUAGCCUGGUGACGGGUCGAAGGCCUCUGUUCGCGGCUCACGGUGGGAGCAGCAGGGAGAACCUGGCCCUGCAGAACGUGCAGGCUCGGCUAAGGAUGGUCGUGGCGUAUCUGUUUGCUCAGCUGAGCCUCUGGGCCCGGGGCGCUCGCGGAGGACUGCUGGUGCUCGGAUCGGCCAACGUGGACGAGAGCCUCCUUGGCUACCUGACCAAGUACGACUGCUCCAGUGCAGACAUCAACCCCAUUGGUGGCAUCAGCAAGACAGACCUGAAGGCCUUUGUCCAGUUCUGCGUGGAACGCUUCCAGCUUCCCGCCCUGCAGGGCAUCCUGGCAGCGCCGGCCACCGCAGAGCUGGAGCCCUUGACUGACGGCCAGGUGUCCCAGACGGACGAGGAAGACAUGGGCAUGACGUACGCGGAGCUGUCCGUCUACGGCCGGCUCCGGAAGGUCGCGAAGGCCGGGCCCUACAGCAUGUUCUGCAGACUCGUCACCAUGUGGAAGGACGUGUGCUCCCCGCGGCAGGUGGCUGACAGGGUGAGGCGCUUCUUCUCCAAGUACGCGGCGAACAGACACAAAAUGACCACGCUGACGCCCGCCUACCACGCGGAGAGCUACAGCCCCGAUGACAACAGGUUUGACCUACGGCCGUUCCUGUACCGCGCCGGCUGGCCCUGGCAGUUCCGGUGCGUGGAGGAUGCGGUUGUCCAGCUUGAGAGCAGAGGCCAGCAGGACCUGGACGGGGUGGACUGACGCCAUGCCUGCACAGAGGGCCCCUCCCGCGAGGCGGCCGUGUGCUACACGGGCCUCACUGGGGACCGUGGGUGGGGGCCCAGCCACCCAGGCUGGAAGACCACGCCAGCCUCUUGUUUCCUAUCUC